AUGAACCGCAUCGCUGCGUUCAUCCGGACUGCUCCGGCUUUUCGAAACGCGUUCACUGCCUCACGACCGAAUACGACCCUCCUUCUCCAGCUACGCCAUAUCUCUGCUUCGUCAUCACUCUCAGUACGAAACAAUGUAUUGCUGAAGGCGCCGCGGUGGGUCAACCCCAAGUCCAACCAGGACACGCCGCCAGAGGAGGAGGAUGCUGAAAAAAGCGAGACGGAGGAGAGUGAAUCCGAGAGCCCUGAUUCCCCGUCAGAGUCAUCCUCGGAAUCUUCGUCCUCAACUUCGUCGUCGUCGUCUCCGCAAGGCGAUUCCUCUUCACCAGUCUCGACUCCCCCUCAUUCACCCCCACCUCCUUCCAACCCCGGUUCUAUAGCUAAACAGUCAGUUCCCGAGCUUUACCCACAAGUGCUGGCUCUUCCCAUUGCCCGAAGACCUCUCUUUCCCGGAUUCUACAAAGCUGUCGUCGUCCGGAACCCUGCAGUCGUUGCCGCUAUCAAGGAGAUGAUGAAGCGUGGGCAGCCUUACCUUGGCGCUUUCUUGCUCAAGGACGAAAAUACGGACAGCGACGUCAUCACGGAUAUCAACUCGGUUCACGAAGUUGGAGUUUUCGCACAGAUCACCAGCGUGUUUGCGGCCGCUGGGCGAGGGGAGGAUGACAAAGAGGAAGGGCUUACCGCGGUGCUGUACCCACACCGAAGGAUCAAGAUUACGGAACUGGUCAAGGCUGGUGGGGCGAAGAUUGAGGAAAUUGAGCAGCAGCAGCAACCGCAGACCGUUGAACCGCCGACGCCGCCACCGACCCCACCACCAGAAGGACAAAUUGCUGAACCUGCACCACCUGGCCCGGUACAAACCGCGUUCCUACACAAGCACGACAUCUCCAUCGUCAAUGUCGAGAAUCUCAUCACUCUCCCAUACAACAAGGACGACCAGUACAUCCGUGCAUUCAUGUCUGAGAUCGUCUCUGUCUUCAAGGACAUUGCUCAACUGAACCCCCUCUUCCGCGACCAGAUCACCAACUUCUCCAUCAACCAGGUGGCUGCGAACGUGUUCGAUGAACCAGACAAACUUGCUGAUUUCGCAGCAGCUGUUUCUACCGGCGAGGUUCAGGAACUGCAAGACGUCCUCGAGUCACUGGUUGUCGAUGACCGACUGCGCAAAGCCCUGCUUGUGCUCAAGAAGGAGCUGAUCAAUGCCCAGCUGCAGUCGAAGCUUUCUCGAGAUGUGGACAACAAGAUCGCAAAGCGUCAGCGGGAGUACUACCUUAUGGAACAGCUGAAGGGCAUCAAGAAGGAGCUCGGGAUGGAGAGCGACGGGAAGGACAAGCUGAUCGAGAAGUUCCGUGAGCGAGCUGCAAACCUGAAGAUGCCUGACGGCGUCAAGAAGGUCUUUGAGGAGGAGCUAGCGAAGCUGCAAGGUCUUGAGCCUGCUGCGAGCGAAGCUAACGUGACGAGGAACUACUUGGAUUGGUUGACCCAGAUUCCAUGGGGUCGGCAUACACCUGAAAACUACUCCCUCACACACGCGACGACCGUCCUCAAUGAAGACCACUACGGCCUCGACGACGUCAAGUCCCGAAUUCUCGAGUUCCUCGCCGUCGGGAAGCUGCGUGGGACCGUGCAAGGCAAGAUCAUCUGUCUCGUGGGGCCACCUGGGGUGGGCAAGACGAGUAUUGGAAAGAGCAUCGCCAGGGCGCUGGGAAGGCAGUUCUUCAGAUUCAGCGUGGGUGGACUGACGGAUGUUGCGGAGAUCAAAGGUCAUCGGAGGACUUAUGUCGGGGCUCUACCGGGCAAGAUCAUCCAAGCCCUCAAGCGCGUUGAGACCGAGAACCCACUGGUACUGAUUGAUGAAGUCGACAAGAUUGGUCGAGGACAUAAUGGCGAUCCUGCGAGUGCUUUGCUUGAGAUGCUGGAUCCAGAGCAGAACAACAGCUUCUUGGACCACUACAUGGACGUCCCAGUCGACCUUUCGCGUGUUCUGUUCGUGUGCACUGCCAACAACCUCGACACUAUCCCUGCGCCCCUCCUUGACCGUAUGGAGGUUCUCGAAGUUUCAGGCUACGUCUCUGAGGAGAAGGCUAUGAUCGCCUCGCGAUACCUUGGCCCGCAAGCGAAGGAGGCCUCAGGGCUAGCAGCGGCUGAUGUUGAGCUGGACAGGGAGGCUGUUGACGUGCUCAUCAAGUACUACUGCCGCGAGAGUGGUGUUCGUAAUUUGAAGAAGCACAUCGAGAAGAUCUACAGGAAAGCUGCGUUGAAGGUCGUACAGGACCUAGGAGAAGACGCUUUGCCUGAACCCAAGGAGACAGCAGCCAAAGUUGCCCCAACCGACGUGUCCUCGACGGCCUCCAGCACAGACGAGCUUGCCACCUCAUCUGAGAAACCAGUAGACCAUGUCGAGUCUCAAGAACCACUCCCGAACGAGCCUAACGCUUCACAUCCUGCACCACCCAGUGACUCUGAGCUUCAUCACGAGGUCCCAGUGACAACGACCGAGCGCGAGCCCAUGCCCAUACCACCGACAGUACACGUUCGAAUCACAACUGAGAACUUGAAGGAUUACGUCGGGCCGCCGGUGUACCAGAAGGAUAGGAUGUACGUUACAACGCCGCCUCCUGGUGUGAGUACGGGCCUUGGGUACUUGGGUAAUGGAAGCGGGGCAGUUAUGCCUGUUGAAGCUAUGAGCAUGCCGGGCAAGGGUAACCUCCAGCUUACUGGUAAACUCGGAGAGGUCAUCCGCGAGAGUGCCCAAAUCGGCCUGUCAUGGGUACGGGCGCACGCAUUCGACCUGGGCAUCACGAAGGCGCCCGAGGAGCAGUUCCUUACCGACCGCGACGUUCAUGUGCAUAUGCCUGAGGGUAGCAUAGGCAAGGAAGGUCCCAGUGCUGGCACGGCGAUCCUCUCUGCAUUCGUAUCCCUGUUUACAGGUAUGAGAGUCAACCCGGACAUUGCGAUGACUGGAGAGAUUUCGCUCGUGGGCCAAGUCCUCCCUGUCGGCGGUCUGAAGGAGAAGAUCCUCGCCGCGCAUAGGGCGGGUAUCAAGACGAUCCUGGCGCCCGCUGCCAACCGGGCAGAUAUCGAGGAGAACGUGCCUGACAGUGUAAAGGAGGGCAUCAGGUUCGUGUACGUGGAGAGCGUGAACGAGGUGCUGCAUGAGGUGUUCAGCGAUGGCAAGAAGGACGUUGUCGAGAGGUGGAAGGAGAGCCUGCCUCUUCCUGAGCAGGAAUCGAGGCCGUAG